AGAAUUUUGGUGAACGGAAGAGAAUAUGUGUUUGUGUAUACAAUUGGGAUACAUUUUUUGUGUAGCCCUACCAUUUUUUGUAUGGUUCUUGAUCCCUCACCAGGCUCCUCUCAAUCUGGAUAAAUCAUUUCCGCCCAAUUUCCAUGGCCGGAGCAGCACCAACGCGCCUAUGCCUCUUUCCAUCGAUUCCCCCAUCAACCCACAAAACCCCCAAACCUCCCGCCCUCUUCCCCCCUCGCUGCCGCCGCCGCCGCAUUCACAAACCCCACUCCCCGGGAAGCAGAAUCCUUCCGGCCGCAUCCGGCGAAAGCCCACACUUGCUGGGCGAUUUCGGCGGCAGAGACCCGUUCCCGGCGGAGAUCGAGAGCGGUUUCUGCGAGAAGGUGCUGGGAGACGUGGACACGGAGCACAAGAUUCUCAUCCCCAGCGCCUCAGCUCUCUCUCUUGCUCAACGAACCUGCACUUCCAUCACUCCUCCAUUGUCAGACCUCGAAGCUCGCCAGUUGUUGCUGAAGGUUGUUGGGUGGAGGGUGACAAAUGAGGGAGGGGGACUGAGGCUGCAAUGCACUUGGAAAGUGAGAGACUCCGACUGCGGCACAGAGCUCGUCAAAAGGAUCAACCAGGCAGUGGAGGGCACAGGACAUUCCUCUGACCUUCUUCUAGAGCAAGAGUGUGGCCAAGUCCGCGCUCGUCUAUGGACUGCUUCCGUUGGAGGGUUGAGCUUGAACGACUUCAUUUUAGCUGCAAAAAUCGAUGCUGUUAAAACAUCUGACCUCUCUCCCACAAAGAGAGUUUGGGCAUAACUAUGUCAUCAUCUGGCUUCGCUGAGUAGUCUCAUGUAUUUGACAGUGUUUAUCGGGUCAUACCUCUGUUUUUAUUCUCCGUGUAGCUAUUUUAUAGCGUAUGUUAUUUGUGUAUAGAUUUGCAAAAAUGAUUUUAUCUUACAAAAAACUUCCAAAUAUAUAGUCUGAUGUAUUGUCUUCAAGAUAAAAUAUGGAGUAUACAUUUUGAUGUAUAAGUAUGAACUGUUAUGUUG